GCUGUCAGGUCGGAAUACUGCACGUGUUUGAGGGUGCUGCAGAAGGAACAUGAGCGCUCAGCUCCGGCUGGCAGAGAGGCCCGAGAGAGGACACAAAAGCUUUCAUGCUGACAUUUUCUGCUCACUUCUUCACCGUUAACACACAGCCAGACGACAGCACAGAGCUCAGAGGAGCGUGAAGCAGGACGACACUGACCCGUUAACGGACGGAGAAGCAGAACAACACACCGGGACGAAGGAAGAAAGUUAUCGGUCUCUGUUCCCGGGCCUGUGUGUUGUUGUCUACCCGCUAGUUACUGUAGCAGCUUCAUAAGUUGACUUUCUUACUAUUUUAACUCUAAAGAACUGGUGAGAGUGUAUUUGGACGUCAUGGCGGACUACCUGAUCAGCGGGCAGACCGGUUACAUCCCCGACGACGGGCUGUCGGGAACGCAACUGUUCAACGGAGGAGACGGACUGACAUACAACGACUUCCUGAUCCUGCCGGGCUACAUCGAUUUCUCAUCAGACCAAGUGGACCUGACCUCAGCGCUCACCAAACAAAUCACCAUGAAGACCCCCUUCGUCUCCUCUCCCAUGGACACCGUCUCAGAGGCCAACCUGGCCAUAGCUAUGGCACUUACAGGUGGCAUCGGCUUCAUCCACCACAACUGCACUCCAGAGUUCCAGGCCAAUGAAGUUCGGAAAGUCAAGCGCUAUGAGCAGGGCUUCAUCACGGACCCCGUGGUGAUGAGCCCCAGCGAGCGCGUUCGGGACGUCUUCCAGGCCAAGGCUCGCCACGGCUUCUGUGGAAUCCCCAUCACAGACACCGGGAAAAUGGGCGGCAAGCUGGUGGGCAUCAUCUCCUCCAGAGACAUCGACUUCCUGAAGGAGGAGGACCAUAACCUGCCGCUGAGCGACGUGAUGACGAAGCGAGAGGAUCUAGUAGUCGCCCCCGCUGGAGUUACGCUGAAAGAAGCGAAUGAAAUCCUCCAGAGGAGUAAGAAAGGUAAGCUGCCUAUAGUGAAUGAGGAGGGGUCCCUGGUGUCCAUCAUCGCCCGCACAGACCUGAAGAAGAACAGAGACUUCCCUCUGGCCUCUAAAGACUCACGCAAACAGCUGCUGUGUGGCGCCGCCAUCGGCACCCACAACGACGACAAGUACCGGCUGGACCUGCUGGUGCAGAGCGGCGUGGACGUGGUUGUUCUGGACUCCUCUCAGGGCAACUCAAUCUAUCAGAUCAACAUGAUCAAGUAUAUCAAAGAGAAGUAUUCUCACCUGCAAGUCAUUGGAGGCAAUGUGGUGACUGCAGCUCAGGCUAAGAACCUGAUCGAUGCAGGAGUGGACGGGCUGAGGGUGGGCAUGGGCAGCGGCUCCAUCUGCAUCACACAGGAAGUGCUGGCGUGCGGCAGACCUCAGGCCACAGCAGUCUAUAAGGUGUCGGAGUACGCCCGGAGGUUCGGGGUGCCGGUCAUCGCUGAUGGAGGCAUCCAGAAUGUCGGGCACAUUGCCAAAGCCCUGGCACUGGGAGCAUCCACUGUGAUGAUGGGCUCUCUGCUGGCGGCCACCAGUGAAGCUCCUGGUGAAUAUUUCUUCUCUGACGGCAUCAGGCUGAAGAAAUACAGAGGCAUGGGCUCCCUGGAUGCCAUGGACAAAAACCUGGGCUCUCAGACCAGAUACUUCAGUGAGUGCGAUAAGAUCAAAGUUGCUCAGGGUGUUUCUGGAGCGGUGCAGGACAAAGGCUCCAUCCACAAGUUCGUCCCCUACCUGCUGGCUGGCAUUCAGCACUCCUGUCAGGACAUCGGAUCCAAGAGCCUCACACAGCUCAGAGCCAUGAUGUACUCUGGAGACCUGAAAUUUGAAAAGAGAACAACUUCAGCUCAAAACGAGGGUGGAGUCCACGGCUUGCACAGUUAUGAGAAACGACUGUUUUGAGAAGCAGCGAGCUGUGCUGCCUGCUGAUGGAGACAGACACAUUAUGCAACUGCACUACAUGCCUGACUCUCUUAGUCAUUCUCUACACACACUACUAAAAUCUCAUAGAAAUGGUCUUUAAGAAGAAGCUCUCGCUCUUCCAACGAUCGAUCAAGUCUUCCUGCCAGUGCUAUCUAUGCAUUGUCUCUGUUCAGUGUAGUUGUGUGAAGACGGGGAACUAAACAUGUAUCAACAGUGCACGUGUGAUUGUUUCCUCCAAGGCCUUCCAUGUUCUGAUUUAAAGUAAAUGUCUGGCGUGUCCAUUUUAAGGCGAAAAAAGCUGUCUGAUAAUAAAGCCUAUGUGUUUUUCCACAAACAA